AUUCGAGAGUGGAUAAGUCUAUUGAAGUGUGGCACUAGUGAUUCCCAUUUCUACUUCUCUCUCUUCUGGUUCAAAUCUGCCUCCAAAUUUUCUACUGCCCCCACAUUCUCCACCGCCGGCCGCGACCUCAGGCAAUUUUCCCUAAUGUGCUGAAGAUAAAGUUGGAAACAGGAAGAUGGCAAAGCCAGCUCAAUCUCUCUUUCUUGAAGAAUGGUUGCGGAGCAUCAGUGGCAGCAGCAACAACAGUGCUUCAGUACAUUCUUCGUCCUCAUCUGCUCGAGUCAUCAUCCAAGCUUGGGCUGAUCUUAGAGAUUCACUCCAAAAUCACUCCUUCCACACACAUCAUCUCCAAGCUUUAAAGACCCUUGCUAAUUCUCAAAUCUCCCUUUUUGUUGCAGAACCACAAGCGAAACUUCUAGUUAGUAUUUUAUCUUCUCCAGACCUCUCUCUUCCACUGGAAUCUUACCCAUUAUUUUUUAGGCUUCUGUAUAUCUGGGUUAGGAAAUCAUCUAGACCGACUGCUGCAGUUAUUGAUUCUGCUGUUGAGGUCCUCUUGCAUAUUUUCUUUAGGCAAUUUGAUUCUGACAAAUGCCCUCUUAUCUUCUCAGAAGGAAUCCUCCUUUUGGGUUCCUUUUCUUUCCAACCGUCUGCAUCUGAGAAAUCUAAAAAGGUCUGCUUGGAGUUACUCUCUAGGCUAUUGGAAGAAGAAAAUAGUUCUAUUUUAUUGUCUGAUGAACUAACUUCGAGUGUUCUUGCCGGGACUGGAUAUGCUUUAUCUUCUUCCGUGACUGAUUAUUUUGGAAAAAUUGUAGAUAAUUUGUUUGGAAUAUGGGGCAAAGAAGAUGGCCCCUCCAGUAGUUUGUCUCAUGGGCUCAUGAUGCUGCAUUUGUUUGAGUGGGUUCUGUCUAAUUUCUUCAGUUUGCAAUCCUUUGAACAAAUAGAUCUUGUAAGAGAUAUUUUGGAAAAUGUUAAGCCAGCUCAUGUUGUAUUUGCUGUAGUCAUGACUGCAGGGGGAGUACUAAGGGCUCUUAAUGGAUCUGGCUUAAGUGGUUUCAUGGAGCUUAGGAAUUCUGCUGAGAAACGAAUUGAGAUUAUUGGAAGAUACGUGCUUUCUAGAACUAAAGGUUUUAACCAUUCUGGAAAUGAACCUAGAGACAGCCUUCUCUUACAGAGCAUAGCAUUAGCUUUGGCUCGAAGUGGUUCAAUUUCCUACCGGACUUCUCUGUUAGAGUGUCUUGCUUCAGCACUAUUGACUGAAGUAUUCCCUUUGCAUCACAUCUAUAAUAAGGUCCUUAAACUACUGCAAGAAAAUUGGCAAGGGUAUGUGCUUGAUGAGGUAAAAGCACAUCUAACCAGUGUCAUUUUCAAGGAAGCAGGAGCCAUAGCUGGUGUUUUUUGUAAUCAGUAUGUCUCAGCUAACGAAGAGAACCAGGCUACAGUAGAGGAUCUCGUAUGGCAUUUCUGUCAAGAUGUCUACUUGUGUCACCGACAGGUAGCAUUGUUGCUUCAAGGCAGGGAGGAUGAGCUUACCACGGAGAUAGAGAAAAUUGCUGAGUCUGCCUUCCUUAUGGUUGUGGUCUUUGCAUUGGCAGUCACAAAAUGCAGGUUAGACUCUAGAACCAACCAAGGAACUAAAUUACAAAUUUCAGUAAGAAUCUUGGUCUCAUUUUCUUGUAUUGAGUAUUUCCGCCGGAUGCGUUUGCCUGAGUAUAUGGAUACAAUUAGAGCAGUUGUUGUAAGCGUUCAGGAGAAUGAAUCAGCAUGUGUCGCAUUUGUCGAAUCAAUACCUUCGUAUGAUGAUUUGACCAAUAAACAUGGUUGGUCCAACUUGCCAAAAGUGGGAUAUCUGUGGUCCACUGAUGAGGUGCAGACGGCUCGAAUCUUAUUUUACAUGCGUGUUAUUUCGACUUGUGUUGAACAACUACCUGCCUCUGUAUUUAGGAAGGUGGUGGCUCCCACUAUGUUCCUAUACAUGGGACACCCAAAUGGAAAAGUUGCAAGAUACUCACAUUCGAUGUUUGUGGCUUUCAUGUCUUCUGGGAAAGAUACUAAUCAGGAUGAAAGAGUUCAGCUUAAGGAGCAACUGGUUUUUUAUUACAUACAAAGAUCACUAGAGGGAUAUCCAGGGAGUACCCCAUUUGAGGGGAUGACUUCUGGUGUUGCUGCACUUGUUAGGCAUCUUCCUGCUGGAAGUCCAUCCAUAUUUUAUUGCAUUCACUGUGUAGCUGAAAAAGCUAAUAGCCUUUGCAGUUUAGUCAGUUCUCGUGAAACUGAUCUGUGGAAGAACUGGGAAGGAGAGUUGGAACCUGCUAAGAAAGUGUUAGAUUUGCUUUUGCGGCUGCUUUCCCUUGUUGAUAUACAGGUUCUACCAAGUUUGAUGAAGUUAUUGGCUCAGGAGAUUGUCCAACUACCUGCUAUUGGACAGAACACAAUUCUUAAUCAGUUAUAUCAGCAUGUCGCAGAAUCCGAUGAUGUUACUAGGAAACCAACGCUUAUUUCGUGGCUGCAGUCUCUGUCUUACCUUUGUGCUCAAGGUACUCGUAAAAAAUCAUCUACAUUUGUGGGAGAAGCAUUAUCACGGCUAUAACGACACAAGAUGCAUUUUUUAACAAUAUACCCUUCAUUAUGAUGCAAUUUGUUAGAAGUUUAUCAAACCAUUUGUUACUCAACUUUUGAAAUAGGUCUAGAAUGCAAUAAAACUUAGGAAGUAUACUAGUUAUCAAGUAUCUGUACUGGUUAAACAUUAGUGCUAAUUAUGUUAUAUAGAGGGAAGUUUCAGUUAUUACUAGUACAGUUCUUCUCCGUUUUCCAGA